UUCAAAAAUUUCUCUCAAUCAAUACAAGUUUUUCGAAAUAUUAAAUAUAUUGAUGGAAAGGGAGUUUUCUCGCAGAACCCAAGGCAUGCCAAUUGAAGCUUGAGAGAGCGAGAGAGCGAGUGUGAAAAUGGGUUCCGUGGAGAAGAAGCCUCAUGCAGUUUGUAUUCCAUUCCCUGCUCAGGGCCACAUCAAGCCAAUGCUAAACCUAGCAAAGCUCCUCCAUUUCAGAGGCUUUCAUAUUACCUUCGUCAACACAGAGUUCAACCACAGACGCUUGCUCAAGGCCCGGGGUCCCAACUCCCUCGACGGUCUUCCCUCGUUUCAGUUCGAAACCAUUCCCGAUGGUCUCCAACCGUCCGAUGUCGACGCAACCCAAGACAUCCCUUCCCUCUGCGUCUCCACCAAAAAUAACUUCUUGCCUCCCUUUCGACGCCUUCUCUCCAAACUCAACCACAACGGUCCUCCCGUCACUUGCAUAGUUUCUGACAGUUCAUUGACCUUCACUCUGGACGCAGCUCAAGAACUGGGCAUUCCCGGCCUUCUCUUUUGGACGGCUAGCGCUUGUGGCUUCAUGGGCUAUGCGCACUAUUGCACUCUCGUCAACAAGGGUCUUAUACCACUCAAAGAUGCAAGUUACCUAACAAAUGGGUACUUGGAUACGGUUAUUGAUUGGAUACCGGGCAUGAAAGGUAUCCGUUUGAAGGACAUGCCAAGCUUCAUUCGGACUACCGAUCCAGAUGAUGUUAUGUUGGGGUUUACCAUGGGUGAGCUUGAAAGAGCUCACAAGGCUUCUGCCAUCAUUUUCAAUACGUUUGACGCUUUAGAGCACGAGGUGUUGGAUGCAAUUUCGACCAUGUAUCCUCCUAUUUACACCAUCGGCCCUAUAUCGCUACUCAUGAAUCAGAUCCAGGAUAAAGAUUUGAAGUCGAUUGGAUCAAAUCUGUGGAAGGAAGAUGAGGAGUGUCUCCAAUGGCUCGACUCCAAAGGACCCAACACGGUGGUCUACGUGAAUUUUGGUAGCAUCACAGUCAUGACGCCGGAGCAUCUGAUCGAGUUUGCUUGGGGACUUUCAAAUAGCAAACAAAAAUUCUUAUGGAUAAUUAGGCCAGAUCUGGUGUCUGGUGCUUCGGCCAUUCUUCCACCCGAAUUCCUGACAGAGACCAAAGAUAGGGGUCUACUCGCAAGUUGGUGCUCUCAAGAGCGAGUUCUGGGCCACCCAGCGGUAGGCGGGUUUUUAACCCACAACGGAUGGAAUUCCAUCCUCGAAAGUGUGUGUUGCGGAGUGGCAAUGAUUUGUUGGCCCUUUUUCGCAGAGCAGCAAACCAACUGCCGCUACUGUUGCACAGAAUGGGGCAUAGGUAUGGAGAUAGACGGUGACGUUAAGAGAGAUGAUGUUGAGAGGCUUGUGAGAGAAUUGAUGGAGGGAGAGAAAGGCGAGGAGAUGAAGAAGAAGACCAUGGAGUGGAAGAAGAUUGCGCAUGAGGCCACCACUGCUCCAAGUGGUUCCUCGUUCUUCAACUUGGACAGAAUGAUCAAACAACUGCUUCUGUAGGCUGGCAUGUUAUCACUUUUUACCUUCAAGUUACGUACUUUAUUUUCUCCUCACUUUUUAUUCCAGUUUCUUAAUUUUCUUCA